UGAUUUUGGCAUCAGAACUGAAAAGCGCGAAUGUUUUAGCACCAGGAGUAAAAAUAACGGCCUACGGCCGUUUAUGCCAUAUUUCAAGUUAUCGGAAGAUGGCACUCAGGCUUAUUGCAUUGAUGUUGCAGGUGUGCUUAAUGGGCCGGACAUCAGAAGAUUAAUGAAGGAUCAAGGCUUCUUGGAAAUUCUUGAUGGCACAGCAGCCGUUGCAUGGGAUGCAGUUCGGGCUUUAAUUAAACACGUUCUGUGUAAAAAUCGUUCACCAGAAUAUGCCAUUUUUAUUGCGAACUUGAUGGAAUCUUUUGACGCCUUUGAUGUGCACAUGUCGCUUAAAAUCCACAUGCUACACAGUCACUUUGACUUUUACGAGCAACAGCUUUCAACAGAAACCGACGAGGUAGGAGAGAGAUUUCACCAAUCCAUUAUGUGUUUUGAGGACCGAUUCGCUGGAAAACGAUUGAAUUCAAUGUUGGCGGACUUUUGCUGGUCGAUCGCAGGAGGCAAAGGAUAUUAAAAAAAUCAUUCGAGCAAUAGAAACUAGCAAAAUAUGCCAAAACGGGAUUGAAGAGAACCCAAAUUUAGGUCCAAAUAGUAUAUAAACUAAUAUUAUAAAAAAAUAUUACGAAAUAAAAUAUGAGUUGUAACGCAAAAC